GGUCUUGGCAAUGUCAUCUUCUUUAGAUGAUUGACCCAAAGUAAAAGGUUAAAACCAAACUCCAUAUGGAGUUCGGACCCCAUGUGAAUUAACAUAAUUUUGAAGCAAAAUGACAAAGAAACACUGAGCAAUUGUUGCCACUAAACUUUAAAUCAGCUCAAAUUAAAAUGACUAGUUAUUCAAAAAGGAGCUACAAAAAUUGACAAGUUUUGCAGGAACCAAAAAGAGUAUAAGGAUUCCAACUUUACAUAUACUUUCCUCUAUCUUCUACGUAACUAAGUAUGACAAUAAAGGAAAGGGUGAAUAAUAAGAAAAGGGCAAUAGAAACAAGUACCUGCAACUUCUUGGUUGUCAUAAGUGCCACGAUAGACAGUCCCAUAAGUCCCAUGAGCUAUGACAUACCUUAUAUCCAAUUUAGACAGAUCAAUCUCCCACUCCUCUGUAGGCCUUUGGCUUUGAUUAUCAAUGUUUCUAGACCAAACCCUACUCAGGUGCUUCUCCAGCUGCAUAUCUAAGCUUUUCAAAUCAAUCUUAUCAGCUCUAAAAAUCAUAUCUUUACCACUAACACUUCCUGUACCCUUGAUCUUUGAAUUCGCACCCUCUACCUGGUUAUCUAAUUUCUUGGGUGACUUAACAUCACCUUCAUCACCAGUUUUCACAUCCAUACUUAAAAACCGAGAUGGAAUAACAACUUAAGUACUGGAAACACCAAAUAUGAAAGAAUACCUUCGACCCAAAAUAGGAUUCAAGAAACAGAAAAUAUAUAG